UACACCAUCUGAAAGUGGAGAAGACUACAAGUUGGAUCUGUAUUGACCAAAGAGGCAAAGACCACGAGUCAAGUUGGAAAGGGAGAGAGAGAGAGAGCAAAAAUACAUCCAGUGCAGAGCCAGAUAUCUACCUUCUCACACAAACAUCUCGACAUACUCUAAAUUCUGAAAUGGAGCACAUCAUAUCAGCUCUCACAGGUGAUCUCACCGGUCGAUUAAUCUCCUCCUUGAUGAACAAGUUUUCAGAUCGCGUAUGCUCCGAUGACAAGGUGAAAAGGCUGGAACAACUACUUCUAAGAGUUGAGAUGGUCAUUGAGGAGGCAGACGGGCGAUACAUCACCAACUCCAGGAUGCUGAUGCAGCUGAAGGAGCUAGCAGAUGCCAUGUACCAUGGACGCCAUAUGCUAGACAUGUUCAGGUGCAGGACACUAAUUCAGGACAGUGCCAUCAGGGAGGUUAGCGAUCCAUUUCCUUCUCUCAAACGCUUUCGCACAAUUGCUGAUGCUUCUGGGAGUGACAAGGUCAGGUAUCUUGAUCUGGAUAAAACUUUGGGUACCCUAGAAAGUUGUGUUGAUCACAUGGCAGAAUUUGUUGUGCUUUUGAGCGGAUGCGAACGGAUGUCGCGCAGGCCAUAUGAUGCAUACCUUUACAUAGAUAACUUCAUGUUUGGGCGUCAUACUGAAAAGCAGAGGCUCCUGAACUUCCUGUUGGAGUACAACCCUCCUGGUCUACAGCCUGCUGUUCUUCCGAUCAUUGGUGGUCUUGCAGUUGGUAAGAAAACUCUGGUUGCACAUGUGUGUGCAGAUGAGAGAGUUCAGUCUCAGUUCUCUUCUGUUCUGCGUUUGAAUGAAGAUGAUCUUUUGAGGCUAGCACAGAGUGAUACUCUCUUGUCAGGGAAGCUUUUGGUAGUUCUUGAGUUUUUAUCUGAUGUGAAUGAGAAGAAUUGGGAUGAUUUCUUUGCAUUUCUGGCGAAAUUGAAGAAAGGAAGCAAGUUGAUAACCAUAAGCAGGUUUAGAAGAUCAGAGAAGCUUGGAACUGUGAAACCAAUUUUACUUGACAGCCAUUCAUACGAAGAAUUCAGUUACCUCUUCAAGACACUCGCAUUUCGAAGUUCGAACCCUAAUGACCAUGCACGAUUAGUGGAACUAGCCGGAGAAUUUGCCAUGCAAUUUCAGUCGAGAGGGUCUCUUGUCACGGCGAAUACUAUUGCAGAUGUAUUGAGCAGCAAUUUGAAUGUCAGUUUCUGGCUUUGCAUACUGAACAGAUGCAGAACUGUGGCACAAAGAAACUUGUCCCUGUAUGGUGAUUAUCCGAAGAUACUUUCUGAACAUGGUCGUCGUGUCGACCUGACAAACUUUGCUUUGUCUCCGGUUGCUCCAUUGCACGUCAUACCUUAUGUUGGUAUCUGCAGUGUAAAUACAGUCGAAAUUAAGGAUUUGCCAAGGAUGACAUUCAGAGAACUAUUACUGGGUUCUAGUGUUAGGCCAAAAGGAGAGUUCAGUCUAGUUAUAUGGGAAUCCAGGCUAUCUCCUUAUACUUCGUUUGUUCACUUUGUUCCAAAUUGUGCUCAAGAUAUGCCUGAAGAUGCACCCUUGUCUGGAAGGAAGCGUCGAGGAGUUCCUUCCUAAUCAUGCAAACAUUAUUUUCUUAAUUUUGUAGAUCUGAUAUUGUAAUUUAGAUAUUGGGUACAAAAGGAUAUAACAAGAAGUCCAUGAUAUUUGUAGAAUUCUGAGCGGCUGAUUGCUGCAUGUUCUUCUCUUGCUGUAUAGCUAAUCUUCAGUAUUGGCCACCAUCUGAGGACUGAGAUAUCGUAUCGUCAGAAGCUCAUCAUUCAGAGCUUCCUACAGUUGCGAUGUUUAUUCUCGUGAUUUGUAAAAAGAGAACGAGGUCAGAACUGAACUUGUGAAUUUCCAUCAUUUUCAGGCAAUGAACCAAAUGAGCUCUACUUUUUAGUUAUAGUUUCUCUGCUUGGAGGAUUUGGA